CAUUUAUUGCGCGCAUUAAGCUGGUUAGCUUAUCUUGUUUUUGUUGUUCAGCGCGCGCUGAUCAACAAAACAGGUCCCGCGCCUUCGGCGCGCUUUCUGUUACUACACCGCUGUGCCUUCGGCUCGUCAGCGAGACCCAUCAGGUAGAGUGCAGUGGAGAAUAUAAAGCACUAGCACCAUAGAGUUAGCCCACCUUAUUGAAGCACCUUUAGUAGUGCUAGUGGCGGCGGAUGUCCCGGUAUCGCUAGGCAUGACUCCGCUGGUGGAGGCAACUCACAGCUAUCCUACAUAGCUAACUGGAAUGUCACAGACUGGCAUUUCCUCGAGGGCUUCUGCGACGCAGUUUAUGCCCCCUGCUUUCUCCGGAGCGGGGCGUCCUUCUCGUCCGGGUGCGCGAGUGCUGCCGUAUUUGGAUGACUUCCUCUUCGUGUUUAGUUCUGAGGAGCAAGCGCGUCUUGGUGCGCGCUGGGUGCGUGAGAGUAUCGAGUUCUUGGGGUUGUCGUGCCACCCCACCAAGUGCCAGUGGGAGCCGUCGCAGUCAGUGUACCAUUUAGGCAUUACGAUCAAUACGGCAGCUGGUGUGUUUGAGGUGCCUAAGCAGAAGCUCGCCAAAUUGCGGCGGCUGGCGAUCGGGUUGCGGAUCACGGCAAAGAAAAAUCGGCGUCUUGUCCAGAAGCGUGAGCUGGCUAAGUUUUGUGGUUUUGCGCAGAGUGUCAAAUUGGCCCUUACCCCAGCGCCUUUAUUUCUCCGCAAUUUUUACGACGACAUUAAGCAACCUGUUGGCUGGUCCGGUCGAGUUCGCUUGUCCCGUAGUUGGUUUUUCGUCGCUUUGUGUUAACCUGCGUUUGGUUUCUCGUGAUAUCGGAGCGUUUUCACUUGCUUGGUAUCCGGUGGUACCGCUGGUUCCAACCCCGCUGGAUUUGGGACUAAAUUCGAGUAGUACCUUUGGCGCGGAAUAGGUCCCGGUUUCUCGCUGGAUCUGCAAUCCGUUGCGACAUCCCCGGUCUUUGAUAACCUGUUGGUAUCGCAGCUGUCGCUCGCCGGCCUAGGGUUAGUCCGUUCCGCAUGUCUUUGCCGGUUGCCAGGUUACCUUGUCCGAGGGUUGGUGCUAAGACCUGGCAGUUUUGCAUCGCUGUGUUUGUGCGUUUUCUGUGUCGCGGUAGGCUGGGGCUCUUUCUGACUCCGUUUAUGUCGGGCUCCUGUGGGGUCAGUUCCUAGCUGCCAAGAGCUUUAUCUCAGUCCGUGCUGCACAGCCUUAUUUUCAGUGCCGUGAACUCCGCGAGCUCCGUGUAUGACUUGCUCGGUUAACCAAGAGCGCCCUGUGCUGGAGACAGCCCCUGCUGGCGGCGUUUUUAUAGUAGUUGGUUGCAUUUGCAGCACUCCGUGGCUCUGUCAGACUCUCUUUGUGUUGGCCUUUAUUGCAGGUGCUGUGUGGAUUCUUUG